AAACCACACUCCCCUUCGUUGUACUUCGAUUGAUCAGAAAAGUCUUAGUAAUAUUUUACUAACUUAUGAUGUAUCCUAAAAAACCCACCUUUCUUACCAUUAUCAACGGAGCGCCGCCAGAAAGACUCCAAAGCCCUGAUAGUACAGCAGUCCUGCCAUGUUUAUUUAGAGCUCUGUUCUGUUCUCGUGCCCGUCUAAGCUGUUUUUGUGUUUGCUUAAAAGAUUUGAAUUGUAAAAUUCCUUAUUGUUUUUGUGUGGAGGGAAUUGUUUCUGAGAUUAGAUAAUUGAGGGUCUAAUGGCUCCUUUUUGAUGUUCUAAUUAGAAAAUGAUAUGUCUAUAGAUAUGCAUGUGACUAUGGACCUAAUCACUCCCUUUUUGAGUAGUUAUUUUUUCAUUCGUAUCUAUUUUGAUUAGGAUAACGAGAUCUUCUUGGCUCUUUUACUUUGAACUAAUUAGUACCGAAGAAUGUGGUUGCAGAAAUUAGUAAAUCUGAAGUUGGUGAUUGCGUGUAUUUCCUCCCUAUGUGAGGUUCUGAAAGACUUUAUGUUAUGAGGAUAUGUGAGAUCUCAAUGUGUUGGAAUAUUGCCUGACAAGAUUUACUGCCUGUUUUCGUUUUUAGUUUUUAUGGAGCAUGUAUUCAAAAUACCUGGCUGUGCUCUAUGUUCAUAUAUAUAUAUAUUUUGUUCCCUUUUGGGUGACAUGCUAUGAAUAGCUGCAAUGGAAGCACCUAAUCAGUCUGAUCUGCGAUCUGAUUUGAAACCUCAAGUCACGUACCGCUGCAAGAAAUGUCGAAGAAUCGUUGCUACAGAGGAGAUGGUUGUUCCCCAUGAACGUGGAGGUGGACAGAAGUGUUUUAAGUGGAAAAAGAGAAGUCAUACCCAAGUGGAAAAUGAGCCACCUGAAUGCUCAUCUAUUUUUGUAGAGCCCAUGAAGUGGAUGGAAUCAUUACAAGACGGUGGUGUGGAAGACAAGAUUCUGUGCAUGGGUUGUAAAACCCGGUUGGGAUCCUUCAAUUGGGCUGGCAUGCAGUGCAAUUGUGGGAAGUGGAUCACUCCUGCGUUUCAGCUGCACAAAAAUCGGAUUGAUGAAUGUCAAUUAUGAUCGAGGAUCUUAUAGCAUAUUUUUGUCAGUUUAGCAAUAUUGUCACGAGUAUAAAGCAGUUGGUUGGUACUCUAUUUGGCAAGCUUUUAGUCUAGCAUGCUUGAGAGUCCAUCAUACACUUCUCUCCUGGUUUAAUGUUUCUGAUGAAGCCCGCUAGUAAUCUUGUAAAUCAGUAAGUUGGUCGCACUUUUGCAUGUCGUGUAAUCUAGCAGGUGGGAGUCAACACGACUAAGUUUACUUGUAUACCAAAAGAAGGAACUGCUAUUAGCUGAAAUUCAGAGAGAAGCAUGUUGUGGAGAUGCUUUCUGAUUCUAACUUCUGAUUUACUGAGCGUUUAGAACAGAGCUACCUUGUAUGUAAAUUUAGUAAUCUCAUGCGUUCUAAAUUCAUAG